CUCAGGGCGCACCACGUCACCAAGGUCAACGCCGAGCAGCGAGUAUCGUCUGCGAAGGGCGAGAAGCAGCAACAGAAGGCUCAGCAGGCGCUCGAGCAAGCGCUCAAGGCAGACCGACCGCCUCGUAAAGCUUUCAUGUGCUUUGACAUGAGCACGCGCUGUCCCGUGGGGGCGCUCCAGCACGUGUCCCAGAAGUACCAGAAAUAAUACAUCGCAGGCUUCAUGCUGGACUGCUUGGCGCCUCAGACAGUCCGCGUUGCUGGGGGCAUCUACAAGAUGAGCUUCAGGCAAUCCACCGCGGAUCAGCCGGUUGACCUUCCGGACAACGAGGACGUGCAGAAGGUCGAUCCGAUCGCCGCCCAGGCGAUGCAGAAGGUGCUCUCUGCUUACAUGGAGGACGAGGACGCCGAAUCCGACGAAUCCAGCGUGGCUGCGGAUGAGAAGGACAUUCAGGAAGCCAAUGACGCCGAGAUCGCAGCUGCCAUGGAGCUGGAGGAGCAAGAGCAUGAAGCCACCGAUGAGGCAUGCGAGGAGUCUCAUUCAGACGACGAGUCGGACAUUGACGAAGACAUGAGAAUGUUCAAGGACGCCCUGAAGACAGCCGGAAAAACGGCUCCCGGGUUCUUCAAUGAACUGGGAUUUCUGGCCUGCGGGUCCACUUGGGGCUCCGUGAUGUGGGAGCCCUGCGGCUCCCAGGGCACGACGGUAGUUGUUCGUGUCGGAGACACCUGCAAGCGCAUGAGCGCGGAGCGCACAGAGGAAGUAGGCUUGCCCGCCGGCAUGCCAGCGGGGUCGAGGGUCGUCAAGCGCGAGAUUAUCGGCACGGACGGUGCCGUUACAUUGCGCUACAGGGCGUAUCUGAAUCACCCGAUGGUCAAAGCGGUGCGCGGCACGGGCAGUUUUACAUCGACUGGCGGCGAUGAGGCCAAGGAGAAGUGCAUCCAGUGGCUUCGUGAGACGGACGAGCUCAUGCGCCUGUGGGUUCUUUCCACCUGCCCCCUAUAGUCCCACUCUCCUGCCAGCCUCGGCUGUAGAGGCCAUAUUGCUCCUGAAGUGUCGCCUAUGCGACAGGCACUAAUACACCUCUCCGCCUUUCCCCUCCCCUGCUUUCUCUCAGACGCAGGGACCUUCUGCCAACCAUUUGAUGCGGUAAGCGCUCAUCUGGUAUCAGGCUACGUCCGUGCUCUUUUGCUCCUUCCCCCCAUGGCUGCAUCCUCCCAGCCCAGUGCCUCUUGCCUAUCGCGCUUCUGCGCACUUUGCCACUCCCCGAGUUAUUUUUGUAGGGGCAUGCGAAGUGGCUUGAGCUGCAGUGACAGCUGUGACAUAGCAGCCUUGCUUCUCCCAUGGCGUCGUUUCGCGUGGCCACCGUUCGCUUCGAUGAAGCAUAUAGCCUCUUCGCCUCCUGGCACAAGGCCAGGGCCAGGCAAUCUAGGUUGCCCACGACGGUCUGCGGUAUGCCCGCCUGUCGCUGGAAGUGUGGUGGCUCUCUUAGGGAACCAUCGCUACUUUUGCCUUACCAUCAGCGGGCGGUGCCCAUAGAUGGGGGCACGCAUUUGUGCUUGGCCGCUGGGGAUCGGGCACGCUCGCGUCAAUUGCGAUGUUUUGCAGUUUGGGAGCUGCUCGCUUCAGCGAAAAAUCCUCCCUUCCCUCCCUCCCGAUCUCUGUGCGAUCGCGCAUUGUAACCUGUCGGAGGAUGCCCCUCCCCUCGAACUGUCUCGCGGCAUUCGCUGGUCUGUUUCAGCUAUUGUGUCGGAUAUUCAGGCGCGCUGGGCUUGUUGUUUACAUGAGGGUCGUUGUCCAGACCACCCCAGAACAGGCCCAAGAUGAGCCCAAGAGCCUUGGUUUUACCGCGCAGUUCUCCUCCACGCGACACAAAGGCGUACGAGGAGGAUUUUGUUGUUCUGCACCCCUCCUCCACGCGGCAAUCCGCGCACGAGAGGGAUUUGCGAGGAAUUUGUUGUUCUGCACCCCUCCCCCACGCGGCAAUCCGCGCACGAGGGGGAUUUACCAUUCUGCAGCCCUCUUCAUCCGCUGCACGGUUGAGCGCAUCAGCAGGCUCGCCACAUAUUGAACCCGCGCGAGUUGAACGGAGUGGAUGGGCCACGGCGUC